AUGGAUCUGAAAAACAGAGUAAUCUUGACCUUUGUGAAGCUGAAACAAAAUUUAUCCUUCUCGGCGCUGGCUGUGUUAUUUGGUAUCACACAUCAAACGUGUACUAAUUAUUUUAAGAAUAUGAUACCUCUCUUAGCACUUGUUUUAAAAACAAUGAUACCAUGGCCUGACCGGGAGAUAAUACGAUCUAAUAUGCCUAUUGCUUUUAAAAACUUCAAUACCACACGAAUUAUAAUGGAUUGUGCAGAAAUUCCUAUUGAAAAGCCACAUUGUGUCAAG